AUUAAAUGUCUAAUAAUACACCCUUUUAAGUAUAUCUUAGAGUGAAGCCCUUUUUAGAUAAUAGGUAAUAAUAUUUAUUAUAGUUAGUCAGGACACUUUAAUAUAAGAGUUAGAUGAAAAGAGAAUAGUAAUAAACAAAUAAGGUAGAAAUAAUAAAGAGUUUCAUUUUGAUCGAAUAUUCAAUAAUGAAAAUAAUGCUUAAAUCUUUUCUGAGAUUCUCUAGGUAUAUUUUAGUUUAUUAAAGGGGCUAGAAUAAUAUAAAUUAUUUUCUUGAGGGUUACAAUACAACGAUUCUGGCUUAUGGUAUAACAGGAUCUGGAAAGACUCAUACAAUUUUUGGUAAUGAGAAAGAUGAGGGACUUGCAUUUCAAUGUUUAAAUUAUUUAGUUGAAAAAACAAAGUAAUUAAGUCAUUAGAUUUUAGUGCAUACGAAAAUACAUUAUUAGAAGUUAGUUUUAUUGAGAUAUACAAUGAAACAAUAAGGGAUCUCUUAAAUACUAAUUAAAAAUCAUUAGUAAUAAUGUAGGAUAGUUAAAAAGGAUAAUAUAUAUCUGGAGUAUAGCAAAUGGUUUGUAAGAAUUGUGAAGAGGUAAAAGAUGUUUUAAAUCUUGGAAAUUAAAAUAGAAGUCUGGCUUAGACAAUUUAUAAUGUUUCAUCUUCAAGAUCUCAUGCUGUCAUUCAGGUAAACUUAUCCUAUAAAAUUGAAAAGUAAUAUUAUAACAAUAAUCUCUAGUCAAAUUUUAACUCCAAAAUUGUUCAUUGUAGAUUUAGCAGGCUCUGAAAAAGUCUACUUAGAAUAGAAAUCAAAAAAUUANAAUGAAUCAAAAAUGAGAAUUUGA